AUGGCUCCCCGCACCGACUUCCCACCCGUUCGGGCCUGCCUGUUCGACAUGGACGGCCUCCUGCUCGAUACCGAGGAUACGUACAGCCUCUGCACCAACAUGAUCCUCGAGAAGUACGGCAAGGGCGAGCUUCCGUGGUCCAUCAAGGCCAAGCUCCAGGGCCGUCCCGGUCCCGUUGCGAACAAGCUCUUCCACGACUGGGCCGGGCUCCCCAUCACUCCCGAGGAGUACGUCGCCCAGAACACCGCCCUCCAGAAGCAGCUGUUUCCUAAGACGAAGCCGCUGCCUGGCAUUCCCGAGAUGCUCGGUCACCUCGGUCGCACUCGAUACUGGGAGGUCAAGGAGGGCGCUGCUGCAGACGACGCCAAGACCAACGGCCGCGACCGUGAGGCUCACCGCGUUCAUAUUGCCCUCGCCACCAGCUCCCACCUGGGCAACUUCUUGGUCAAGACCAGCCACCUCGAGGAGCUUUUCUCCGUCUUCCCCUCGAACCGCCGCGUUCUUGGCGACGACAACCGCCUGCAGCCCGGCCGCGGCAAACCUCUGCCCGACAUCUUCCUGCUCGCGCUAAAGACCAUCAACGACUCGCUCCCCGCUGGAGAGCCCCCGAUCAAGCCCGAGGAGUGCCUUGUCUUCGAGGACUCGGUUCCCGGUGUCGAGGCUGGCCGUCGCGCUGGAAUGCGCGUCAUCUGGUGCCCUCACCCCAUGCUCAAGAAGGAGUAUACCGGCCGCGAGGAGGAGGUCCUUGCUGGCCGCACGGGCGAGGCGGGCGAUGUGGACCUGCACCAGCUUGGUGAGGUUGACGAUGGCUGGGCUGAGUACAUUCCCAGUCUGGUCGACUUCUCCUACGAGAAGUUUGGCAUGGUGAUUCCUCCCAUCGCGGUCGAGGAGGAGCCUUGCAUGAAGGAGGCGCCCGAGGAGGUGGUGGCCGUCGCCGCGGAUGCUUAG